AUGCCGCGACUGUUUGUUGUGUUCAGAACAUUUGAUCGCAUCUGGGCGUGUAAGACUUUCACACGAGAACUGGCCCCAUUUGAGAUGGACAUUUCUGAAGGCCCAAUCAAAUUCAUGUUCAUGGUUGACCAGAUAACAGCUGCAUCUAAUGGUAAAGAAAUGUUUGUGGUGGAUUCUCACUUGAUAGGCCAAAAUAACAUCAAACCUGUUGAUCCUGUAUCAUUUUACUGCCAUGCUCACAAAAAGUUUUCACCUGUAAUUGUCAGACAGUGUAAGCAAGAGCUGGCCACACUUUCUCCAACUACUGGGGUAAGAAAAGGUUUGAUGCGAAGAUUCUCUGUACCCAGUUUAGAACUUGAUCUGAACAUGAAAUCGGCACCUGAUCAGUGUAGUUCACAGGAUGUGGUUUACUUUGUGCUGCCAAAGUUUAGAUGUACAAUCUUGAUGGAUGCCCACUUGGCUUCGUGUGUAUACAGUGAAUAUUCUAGAAGCAAAGUGUUUCGGCGACAUUUUAUGCAUUAUAUUUGGAGAAAUAACGGUUUCCGCAACUGUGUACCGGACUAUGAGAAGUGGACUCAGGAGGAGAGAGAUGCCUGGGAGAAUUACUUAUCUGUACCUUAUAUGAUUGAUCUGGUGGCUGUGUGGCCGAAGCAGAAGAUUGAUUAUGCUUGGUCCAGGCGAAUACUAGGUCUUGUGAACAAACAUGUGGUUCUAGAGGAGGGAUUUGCUUGGCUGUCUACUCUUGGUGGCGCUCACUCUUCCCUUGGUGAGACAUUCAUCCAUCAUGCAGAGCAGGCGGGGAAGAUCUCGGGCCAGCAGUUACGACUGGCAAUUGAACUGGGAAACGAAAGUCUGAUCGCCAGGUGCUACAUCUUCUGGGCCUGGAGUCUGCUUCAGCGAGGGUUGCUACGGCGAUGUAAACAUUGUGUGCUAAAUACUUGGAAAUUUUGCCAAACCCUUCGGACUCGGGAUACCAUUCUGGAGAACAUGUGCAAAGCUGUCUGGUGUCGACUGAAAUACAAACGAUCACAGUUGAGGGCCAAGCGCAGACAAUACACGAAGAACAACAGCAGCUUGUCUUUGGACAAAGAUAACGAGGAUGGAGGUGGUGACAGGAGCAGCAGCAGCAUCUCUAGUCAUGUUGUCCCCCAGUGUAGUAAUAUUGUUGGAAGUAGUUCCGGUGAUGUUAACAGCAAGAGUGGCUCCCCUUCCUGCCUAGAAACAGCAGUUAAGACUCACUCGGUGGUAUCAAAUUCUGUAUGUGUUCGCUGA